GGAGACGUAAAGGGGCGUAUCCAGUCGAGGGGGCGUGUCCAGGGGCAGCUGGUCCUCCUGUCAGUCAGUACUGAGGGAUCACAGCCGCGGAGCGUCCGGCAGGUUACUGCUGCUCCACAACUCAGAGUCAAGUGUAGUUCAGCCUGGUGUGUGUGUGUCGGUGUGUGUCCGCGGCUCGGCCCGGUGUGUGUCAGUGUGUGUCCGCGGCUCGGCCCGGUGUGUGUCAGUGUGUGUCCGCGGCUCGGCCCGGUGUGUGUCGGUGUGUGUCCGCGGCUCGGCCCGGUGUUUGUCGGUGUGUGUCCGCGGCUCGGGCACAGAGUGUUGGAGGAGCCGGUGAACAGCGCGGAGCGGAGACGCGCGGUGACUGGUGCCAUGUUUGUGUAACGGCGGCCAGCUGCAGAUUCAGUCGUGUAGGGAGGAUCGGUCUCGUCGAGGAUUCUGAUUGGCGUUCAUAGCAGCCAAUGGCGUGAGAACUAGAGGAGCUCCAUGUGAACACAGCUGAUGAAGUGAUGGGCGCUGGCUACAGCCUGCUCACGGUUUGAAGCUGGAUCAGGUUGUUUUUAGUUGGAACUGGAUCAAGCAGACGUGAGCACACACGUCUUUGUCUUUUAAUGACACUGACUGUCCACUGUGAAGCAGGAUGAACGGGUAUGAAACUCCGGCGCUGGCCUCCGGGAUCUUCGGCUCCUACUCACAGAUCAACGGCCAUGACUCCUCGGAGCCUCCCAGCAGUAAAGCCAAGUCUGGUGCCAAAGCUCUGUACGAACAAAGAAAACAUUUCACCAAGACGAGCAUCAACAGCCUGACGGACACGUCGCAGUAUCAUGUGGAGCACCUGACCACGUUCGUGUUGGACCGUAAAGACGGGAUGAUCACGGUGGAGGACGGAGUGAGACGUCUCCGCCUGCUGGACGCCAAAGGGAAGGUGUGGACUCAGGAGAUGUUGCUGCAGGUGGAGGAGAAGACGGUGAGCCUCAUCGACCAGGAGACCAAGAAUGAGCUGGAGAACUUCCCGGUCGGGACGAUCCAGCACUGCCAAGCUGUGAUGAACGUCUGCAGCUACGACUCCAUCUUGGCUCUGGUGUGUAAGGACUCGGGUCAGACCAAACCGGACCUGCACCUGUUCCAGUGUGACGACAUCAAGGCGACUCUGAUCCACGCCGACAUCGAGAGCGCCGUGAGCGACGCCAGAGGAGGGAAAGUGAAGAAGAGACCGGAGACGCUCAAGAUGAUCCUGAAGAGUGACGGGAUCAUCCCCCCUCCCCCCGCCGCCCCCGCCCCCGAGCCACCGGCGGCGCCCAAUCAGGUGGACGUGAAGAGUCGAGCGGCCGCCUGGUCGGCCUGGACCAAUGAGCAGCAAGACUAUGAGAAGCAGAGACAGCUGUCGGAGGAGGACGGGCCGGUGGAGAUGACUGCAGUCCGAGUGGACCGAGACGUGCAAAUCCUGAACCACAUCCUGGACGACAUCGAGUUCUUCGUCACCAAACUUCAGAAGGCAGCCGAGGCCUUCACCGAGCUGUCCAAGAGGAAGAAGGCCAAGAAGGGCAAAAAAGGUCCAGGAGAGGGCGUCCUGACGCUGCGGUCCAAACCUCCGGGCGAGGACGAGUUCGUCGACUGUCUGCAGAAGUUCAAACACGCCUUCAACCAGCUGGGGAAACUGAAGGACCACAUCCAGAACCCCAGCGCCGUGGACCUGCUGCACUUCCUGUUCUCUCCCCUCAGGAUGGUGAUCCAGGCGUCUGGCAGUGUGGACCUGGCUCGCAGCGUCGUGGUUCCUCUGUUGACCACAGAGGCCAUCGACUUCCUGCACGCCUCGGGGACGGCGGAGGAGAGACACCUGUGGGUCACACUGGGAGACGGCUGGACCAAGUGCAGGUUGGAGUGGCCGAGGGAUCACUACUUCCCUCCGUGUGUUCUGAGGUUUCGUGACGGUUGGGAGCCGCCGGUGUUGCCAGCAGCGGAGCCGUCCAGAGAGCAGGAUCUGACCCAGCUGGCCGAGAGUCUCGCCACCGCCGAGAUCCUCAGACGAGAGGAGAUGAUGAUGCGGCUGGCUCAGGAGUCGGCGGUGCAGAAGUUCCCUCCUGCAGACGGGUACGCCUUCAACACCUCCUGCCCACGCAUGCAGAUCCUGGAUCAGGACGCGGCCAUGGCUGCUUUUAAACACGCCGUCAGCCGCCGGAGUUUUGAUGACAGCAGAGGCCCGUCGACGCUGUUUGCCAAAUCUAAAUAUGACUUUGUGGCGAGAAACAACACGGAGCUGUCGGUGCUGAAGGACGAGGUCGUCGAGGUUCUGGACGACAGGAAGCAGUGGUGGAAGGUCCGUAACGGCUGCGGGGCGUCGGGCUACGUGCCAAACAACAUCCUGGAGAUCACCAAGGCGGUGGACAUCACCGGCAGAGGAGAGCCCAUCUACAGCCACACCAUACAGAAACAGACCACCAGGACUGACUACGUCUCCAGUAAACCGGUAGUGACUCAGAUGCCUCCGGCUCCCACGCCGCCCCCUCCGGCCCCCGCCAGGCUUCCCACGCCGCCGCUGCCUCCUCCUGCCCCCGAGCCCGCCAAGCCGGCCGCCAGCAGCAGCACGGUGAACCGCCAGGACAGCGUCACGUCCAGCGACAACGGCAGCGUCGCCAUGAGGGACCACAGCAACCAGAGGCCGGCGCCCUUCAACCGCAGGAAGUCCAACAUGGAGGAGGUCCAGGACGAGCUGAUGCACAGACUGACGUUGGGUCGCAGCGCUCAGAAGAAGUUUCAGGUUCCGUCUCGCAGCGGCAGCAGCAACCAGCCGUCCGUCAGCAUCACCUACGACUCGUCACCUGACGACGUCCGAGCCUGGCUGGAGGCCAAAGGCUUCAGUCCAGUGACCAUCACCAGUCUGGGGGUUCUGACCGGAGCUCAGCUGUUUUCUCUGAACAAAGAGGAGCUGAAGACAGUUUGUCCCGACGACGGUGCUCGAGUCUUCAGCCAGGUCACCGUCCAGAAGGCGGCGCUGGAGAAGCGUUCAGGCUCUGAGCUGCAGGAGAUCAUGAGGAGGCGGCAGGAGAAACUGGCAGCCAGCACCUGUGACUCAGGGGUGGAGUCGUUUGACGAAGGCAGCACCCACUGAGCUCCACAUGGCUCCUCCUCCCCCUCCUCUUCCUCCCCCUCCUCCUCCUCUUCCUCCUCCUCCUCCUCCUCCUCCCCCUCCUCCUUCUC